GGCGUCCCGGUGCCGUUCGGUGUCCCGGGAAGUGGGGGGGACAUUGAUCCCGUGCCCAAGUGUGCCCGUAUUUUCCUUUGGGAAUAUGUCGGAGGCCGAGAGUCUAGCCCCGAGGGAUUCCACUACGUUGUCCUAGUUACAGGGGCUGGAACCAGUUUAUCACCAUGUGGGUAUAACCAAAACUGUGUAUUUCGCACCCUCUAUGUCAUUUCUGAUGGACUGUUAAUAAAUGGAUUGUUUGCAGCAGCUGCCCAGGGGCACACCUGACACCUCAGGCCAAAAUUGGCUCGUCCUUGCUUCUCGCUACCUCAUCUGGAAUCAGUCAUGGCUGAUGACUCUCAGAGGAAUUUUCGCUCAGUGUAUUACGAAAAAGUGGGGUUUCGUGGAGUUGAAGAAAAGAAGUCACUGGAAAUUCUGUUAAAAGAUGACCGUUUGGAUAUUGAGAAGCUUUGCACAUUUAGUCAAAGGUUUCCACUCCCAUCCAUGUAUCGUAUACUGGUGUGGAAAGUGCUUCUAGGAAUUAUUCCUCCUCACCAUGAAUCUCAUGCUUUGGUGAUGAAGUGCCGAAAGGAGCAGUACUGGGAUAUACACCAUGCUCUUCGUGUAAUUCGCUUUAUUAAUGAUUCUACCCCACAGGUGGAUGUUUUCCUGCGCAUCCAUCAACUGGAAUCGGGAAAACUGCCUCGAAACUUGGCUUUCACAUUGGAACCUGAAGAUGAAGUGUUUCUUGUUAUUGCUAAAGCAAUGGAGGAAAUGGUGGAGGAUCCUGUAGAAUGCUAUUGGCUUGUCAGUUGCUUUGUGAAUCAGCUGAACAGCAAGCACAAAGAUUCAUUACAACAACUGCCAAAAGUUCUGGAGCAGUAUUUGAACAUUGAAGAUAACAGACUCCUGAUGCAUCUGAAAGCAUGUGCUGCAAUAAGCAAGCUCCCUUAUGAUCUCUGGUUUAAAAAGUGUUUUGCAGGAUGUUUACCUGAGUCCAGUUUACAGAGGGUUUGGGACAAAGUUAUUAGUGGGUCCUGCAAGAUUCUCGUUUUUGUUGCUUUGGAGAUAUUAUUAACCUUUAAAAUGAAGAUAAUAGCGCUAAAUACUGCAGAAAAGAUCACACAGUUUUUGGAAAAUAUUCCUCAAGACAACACUGAUGCCAUUGUCAGCAAAGCUGUUGAUCUGUGGCGCACACACUGUGGGACUCCAGCACACUCAGUCUGAGAACUCUCUUCGCUUGUGACAGCUUGGGAAAAAAAAAGACAUUUGAAAAGACAUUAUACCACUCUUGCCCCAUCCUAGUGUGAUGUUCUUCAUUAACCUAUGUAAAAAUGCUAUUAAAGCAUAGUGACCAAUUGGCAGAGACUGAAAAGGUUAAUGAUUUGCGCAUUCUAGAAUCUCCAGGGGACUUUUGCAGGCUGGGAAGAGGCAAUCGCUCACCCAGCAGGGCCCCACCAGUGCUGCUGAGGGGUCAGUCCUGAAAAGGCAGGAAGUGCCAUAUUUGCCAUGCCCUUCUCAUGAACUCUGUGUGUCUGGCCUGGGCUGUCAGAGAUGUUGGAGGCUUGUGGCACACCCAUCAAAGCCCAUCCCCGCACCAGUCCUGAAAGGCGGGAAAAACCCUUUUACCAUGCCCCUCACAGGAGCUCCUCGCAUGCCCAGGAGACGCUGGAGGCUCGUGGCACGGCCCACAACACUAUUCUGUGGUAAAACUCCCCGCCUCGGGGAGGUACAAGGUGUUCUGGAAGUAUAUAAUAACUCAUAACUUCUUUGAGUGUGUGGGCCUUCCUCCCCCACCCCCAAUGGAUCAAGACCACCACUUCAACUAAUAGACGUGGAAGCCACAACUACCAAGUUUCAUCGCUGGACCCUGUGUUUAUUGACUAUAUAUAUCUUCCCACCUUUAUCCUUUCUUUCCCCUUCUCUCCCUUUCUCUCCCUUAUGCAUUUCCUUAAGUGUUAUCCUAAUGACUGCUGUAUUGCUAUAGAUGAUAGAUAUAGAUGGUAACAUCCAAAAUGGCACCAUACCUGUUUACCUUUGAAACAAAUUAUUCUAAAAUAAACUCUACAUAUAUAUGUUUUCAAACACCAAUUAUUCAGUGUCGUUUUCACUCUAAUCCACCCCAAGGGAUUUAUUAAUAAGAACCUGGGUAAACCCACUCCCCUCCUUUCUGGGGUGGGUCACAACACCAAUAUGUAAAUAUUUUUCAAUAAAUACUGGUGGAAUGAA